GGGCGUGGCGCCGGCGGGAAGGUCGCCGCGGUGACCGGCGGGGAGCGGGCGGCGCCGCCAUGUUGUCCGUGGCCGCGCGCUCCGGGCCCUUCGCGCCCUACCUGUCGGCCGCGGCGCACGCCGUGCCCGGCCCGCUCAAGCCGCUCGCGCCGGCCGUAGCGCCGCGGGCCGCCAGGGUGUCGCUGGAGCCGAAGCGGCCGCUGCUCUGCCGGGAGUCCUUGAACGGCCGCGCGGCCCGCGGCGGCCUCGUCGCCAGCGCCAGCCUCAACGCACCUGCCAGUGUUCGUUGCAUCCAUAACGAUGUCGCAGUACCCGACUUCUCUGCCUACCGUCGUCAAGAGGUGUUAGAUGCCAACAAACCUUCUCAAAGCAGCAGUGAAAGCAGAAAAGGGUUUUCCUACCUGGUGACUGCAACAACAUGCGUGGCUUCUGCAUAUGCUGCUAAGAAUGUUGUCACUGAGUUUAUUUCCAGCCUCAGUGCUUCUGCUGAUGUGCUAGCACUGUCAAAGAUCGAGAUCAAGUUAUCUGACAUUCCAGAAGGCAAGAACGUGGCUUUUAAGUGGAGAGGGAAGCCCCUUUUUGUGCGGCACAGAACCCAGGCAGAGAUUAGUCAGGAAGCUGAUGUUGAUUUGUCUAAACUGAGGGAUCCGCAGCAUGAUUUAGACCGAGUAAAGAAACCAGAAUGGGUUAUAUUAGUAGGUGUCUGCACUCAUCUUGGUUGUGUACCCAUUGCUAACUCGGGUGAUUUUGGUGGUUAUUACUGCCCUUGCCAUGGGUCACAUUAUGAUGCCUCCGGCAGAAUCAGGAAGGGCCCUGCUCCAUAUAACCUUGAGGUUCCGGUUUACCAGUUUGUUGGUGAUGAUUUAGUGGUUGUUGGCUGAAUAACAAGGUGCCUGCUCACUUUUGUGUUUCCAUGAAUGUACUCUGCAAGGAAGUCACUGAGAUUCUGGAAUGCUGUGAAAGCAGAUGGCUCUAAAAGCAUGUUAGGUGGCCAGAUUCUCAAAAAUGUUUAAAUAUUUGCUUCUGUUAAGUUUUAAUAAAACUU